AACCCACUCUGUUGGGAGCCGAUCUAAUACUUUGGACUGCUAAUUGUGCACUACAUACACUCACUCUAAGUUUGUCGGUUGAAGUCAAUCCGGUAUUCUCUGAACCGAAAUCACAGAAAAGAGAGCUCCAGGCAGCGCUCGUUGACAACCAUGACAUCCUCAUAUCCCUAUACACCUACAACACUCCGGACGACCGUGAAACCGCGUCAAUGGGUGCCAUUCGAGCCUCAUGAAGGGCCCGACAAGGUCCCAUCCCUGCCCUUCAAACCCAGGUCCAAUGACUUACUCGGCGUCUACAACAUCAGCACUCAUAUCAUACCUGCAGCUAAUCCCAGAGUCACUCCAAAUAUUCCAGUUCCCAGGCCACCUCCUCGCUCUUCGAAAAGGCCCGAGAGGGAUAUCAAGAAACUAGGGCUUGAACUCAUGGAACAACAGGCCCAACAAGGAGAGGACCGCUGUUCUGGGGUCACGGACGAAAGGCUGCUGUGGAAUUGUGUCAACCGAUAUGUGAAAAAGGACGGGGAGGACAAAGUCAGAAUGAAAGGGAUCACUUUAUUCCUUGUGCACGCAACAGGUUUUCUGAAGGAAAUGUGGGAGACCACCCUAUGCUAUCUACUACCUGCCUGUGGUGUCAUAGACGAGAUAUGGUCAUGGGAGUCCGUGCAACAUGGGGACUCUGCUUUGUUAAACCGACAGAAUCUCAGUGGUAGCUUUGAUUGGACUGACAAUGCGAGAGACAUUGCAAACUUUCUCGUCAAUUAUAUGCCAGAAGAGGUAGAAACAUCUCUCCCCAUUCAACUUCAUCGACUUCCUGCAUCCAUCGGUGAAUCACGUCAAAAGAGUGGUUUCUCCUCCCGGACCUUGGUCGUGGUAGGACACUCGUUUGGAGGUUGCUCGGUGACGUUCACUGCGUUGCAUUUCCCUGCCUUGUUCUCUUCGAUGAUCCUCGUCGACGCGAUGAUCGAUACUUACCAAGAAUUUGCGUGGGAACACACGCAGUACUUGGUCGGGGCUUCCUCGAUAAGGCGCGAUCAAUGGCCAUCACGAGAGGACGCUCUGCGUUCCUUUAAAUCUUCACCCAUGUUCUCCGCUUGGCAUCCCGACGUCCUUCAACUCUAUGUUGACUUCGGACUGUACGAGGAUGAUAGCGGAGGCGUCAAAUUGAAAACGUCCCCCGUUCACGAGGCCAUUGUUCUUGCGAACCCACGAACUAGCCGUGAAACCUGGGAAUUGAUGGAAACGCUUGACGAAAGUAUUGAGCUACUAUGGAUUCUUCCCGGAAAACUAAGCCAGGAUGUGUCGAUGCUAGUGGAAGUGAGGAAGCAGCGUGCUUGGCGCAGGCCCGCAAAUUCAUCUAACAUCAUCUUCAAGUCGUCUGGCCAUCUCAUUCCUCAGGAGUCUCCAGAAGAGCUUGCGCAAGUCAUCGCCGACUUUCUGCUCAGGAAAUACGUUAUUUCCUCAGGGAAAUCAAAGCUCUAGAAUCGUGUAUAAGAACGAGCCGGAAACUUUAGGAACCAUCACGAUACUCAAACUUUGACUAUGAAAGUAAAUGGGGAGAAAAACGAAUCACUAGCUAAUUGUGAGUAAUUUAACGGAAAGUUAUGAGCAACCGUCGCCAAAGAUCCAUCAUAUUGUAUGCAAGGUUGUAGGAACCCAGAACUUCAAAUUCGAGCUCGCUCC